AUGCAAGAAAUGUCAAAUCUGGUGCCACCGUCUUCGACCUCUUUGUGCCAAAGAUUGCGCAUGUCCGUCCGUGGAGCACGAAUGUCCACGUUGCCCAAUUUUAUUCUCUCUGGGCGGUUUCUGGCGGAUGCUCAUACCAAACUCGGCAGGCAAUCUCUAGGGGCUGUGGCUAGGCCCAUCAGACACAUCGGAUCUGGGAUCCUCAUGGAGAAGGACGAAACCAGUAUGCGAUGCGGUGAGCAGAGUUCGGUUCUGAGAACCCUUGUCACCGUAUCUUGCGGCUCCAGCGCCGUUGAUGUGGGAAAUUGCUGCCGAAUUCUCAACCGGAGACGGAGCAGUUCGCAUGGGAGUGCUGUAGCCAUGUAUCUGCAUGUGGGCUGUGAACAACAAUGCACAAUGAGCUUAAUUGGGACACAGCUCUUUGUCUUCGCGGUGGAUCGAGGCUGCCAAUCAGCCAUAGGUUCAAUCGGUGGGCCUUCGGUGCAAUUUACCAAUAAGUCAAAGGCUUCAUCAUUUGAACAUCAUUGA